AUGGCACAGAACGACACUAAAAAACAAGUUUCGAGUCACGGCGACCGUUCCGACCAUGACGACCAAUCUAUCAGUGGCCUAAAAAAGAAGCGUAUUCAACAGGCUUGUCGACCCUGUGGCACAAGGAGGGUCAAAUGUGACGGUCUCUUACCCUGCAUCAAAUGCAUCCAGUCUGGAGAAAUUUGCGAAUAUGGCCAGCCAAAAAAGCGAGGACCACCCAAGGGAUCCACAAGGGGUGGCAGCAAAGCUGCUAGACGCAAGGUUGAAGCGCGGUUGUCUGCUUCUGCUCGGGAUGGCACUUAUGAGGCAGCAGCAGCACAGCCGGUUCAGUCUACUUGUGACUACGCCGCUACUUUUUCCUCAUUAGCGGGCCCUAAUGCAUCGGGCGCCCCGCUCUCACGACCGCCGGUGAUUUCCAAGACAGUGUGGACUCGUACCGUCGCACCGCCACUCAUCUCCUCUUCCACCCCUGCGAGAUACCCUCCGCAAGUUUCAGCGUACAUGAUGCCACACUCUUCAAACCAACCACAUCAUGCGGCCUCUGUCACCGGACCAGCAUCCACUAGUUCCCUGCCUCCAACAUCCCACGCCGAGUCCUACCCGUACUCAGCCCAUACUUCGCCGGACUCUCACCACCGCAGCGAGAGUCACCGCACAGGCGGCUCUGCUCACGAUGACAACGUCGGCAGUCCCAAAUCUGGUGGUGUCAAUGCUUCGAGCCCCGGCUAUUAUCCACCUCAUUCUCAACCAUCCAGAUUCGAUACCGCCCCCGCUUCGCACGGGACAAUUAAACAGCGCAUUGAACCCUUUUACCGAGGCAGCAGCAGCGGUCUUGGCCUUUUUCGCCCUCCGCCAGCUACCGCAGAUCGAAAACUGCCGCCUCUUGACUUUCACGUAGGCCGAUCCUGUAAUCGAUCAUCAUCAUCACCGAGCAACUACGGCAGGCUCUCGAUCACGUCAGACACUUAUGAUUCUGCUGCAUCCGGACGCUCUGGCGCCAAGAGAUCUUUCACCAGAACUUCGAAUCCAUAUGCUCGUCCUUCGCCUGCCGGGUCCGGUGCCGCUUUUACCACCAAUGUACCGAGCAACUAUUCCAGUAUGGCUGGCGAUCCAUCUCUUCACGACCCAGCAAGCGCCUCAAACGAUACUUCGAGUCGCUCCUUCCAGAGCAGCAUGGCGGCAACUUCACAGGUACGAGGGGCGAAGGUCGCGCCUGAACCGGCUAUCGUUGACGAAGGCGAGCUGUGCCGUGCGGCGGACGCUCGCCAAGCAUAUGCAGGCGAAAGCAAUCGGCUGCUGGUGGAAGGCACGCUCUUGCAGCUCAAAAGGGAUCAAGCCGUCAGAACAGUAAGCGGCGGUGCUGACUCGUCCAACGCAGCCGGGGUCAGUGGCUCAAACGACUUUCUCGAGGAUAUAAACCUCGAGCCGCUUCUUUGGGUGGAGCCCGGUGAAGGAAGUAGAAACGGUGUCAAUCGCUCCGGUGUCUCGCUCAGUAAGCCCGAGAUUCCGCCACUGAUCCAGGAACGACUCUUCACGAUCUUUUGGGGUAUUGUGCAAACUAUCUGGCCUGCAUUGUACAAGCCCGCGCUUUGUCUCACCGGCUUCGACAUCAUCGAUCCAAAAAGGCACCCCAUGCUGCACAACGCUGCUUGUGCACUCGCUGCUGUUGCUUGGGACUCAGGCGAAUUUGGUGUUUUAGAGGAGGAUGUAGAGGCAACACAAUCCGAUUUGGUUGAACGCACCGCCUCUGACCUCAGCUUCAGUCACGGACCUGCUCAGCUUGCGGAUGGUACCAGUCUCGGCCGUCUCAGUGCGGCAGACCUCGGCGAUAUUUUCCUCGCCAGAGCAAAGUAUUAUCUGAUCAAAACCAACAACGAACCUAGCCUCGAGACGAUCCAGUCACUACUGUUCAUGGCUUUGCGAGAAGGUGGUAACGGUCGAGCGAGUCAGGCGUCGGCCUACAUCUCAACAGCGUGCAGGAUGUGCAUUGAUCUGGGCCUCCACCGUCAGCGAGACUUUUCCUCUGUGCUUGGGCUGCACUUCUCUCAUGCCGAGGAGCAGGCAAGACGAAGAAUCUUUUGGUGCUUGUACCUUCUGGACAAGACCUCGUCUGCCUCGUUAGGUCGGCCGGUCACACUGCGGUAUGCAGAGAUCGACUGUCCGUUGCCCAAUGUAGAUGAGGUCGACGAACACGAGACAUGGGCCGAGACAACCAACAACAGCUCACUUAUCAAAGACCGCGCACGCAACAUCCUCCUCAAGACCCCUGUCGCGGCCAUGACCCAUUUGAAGUUUGGUGUCAGGCUCGGCCAAAUCUGCGAGCAGGUCAUCGCCAUCUACACGCGCGUGCAACGCAGCGGUGAGGGUGAUGACGAUGACUGUGGCUCCACGCGCAACGACAACGGCGAGACAGUGCCCGAGUGGGAGACUCGACUUGUUCGAUUGCAUGCAAAGCUCGUAGCAUGGGAGCGUGAUCUGCCUUACCGUCUUCGCUUCGAUGUUCCGUCCCACCGUCUGCCUAACACGCUCUCUCAGCACUUGUGGUACCAGGCGUCUAAAGUGAUGCUUCACCGCCCCUAUAUCCUCAAGCAGUCGUGCCGUCCCGACCUGCCGCCCUCGCACCGCAUCUGUACCGAUGCUGUUGGCAGCAUUUGUGACAUUCUCACCGCCUAUGAUCACAACUUUGGCAUGCGCAAGCUGUCUUCGACCUUCACCUACUGCAUCUUUACUGCGUCAACCAUCGAGAUUGCCAAUACCACAUCGACAGAUGCGAUCAUUGCGUUGGAGGCCAAGAGAAGAUUGCGAAAGUUUAUGACGUGGCUCUCAAGGAUGAGCGGCACUUGGCAGAGUGCUUCUCAUCAUCUCAAAAUUUUGGAGCAACUGGGACAUGGCAUCGAUGCGGAUCUAGAUGGAACGGGCUUACCGAGUCAGAGAGAGGUGAGCGCAUCUGGCAGCUUGACAGCGAGCCGCGCAGACAGUUCGCCAGCAGGUGCGAUCACAGCAACAGCAGCGAUGACCAAGAGCGCAGGCACUGAUGUAGGACCAUCGGCGCUUUGGAUGCCCAAGGAAGCACAGAGUGCCGGGUCUCUUCAGGGAAGCGGAAACGAUCAGCAAUCAGCACAACCCGCGCAGAAAAACGAUGGCGACCGCACUUCCCUGAUAGACGCAGGUCGAUCGACGCUUCCGGAAACUCUUCCUGCAGUGGUGGGCGACGAGUUGAGCGGGCUCUCCGUGCCAGGUCCGAUUGGGGCGCCAAUGUAUCUCGCACGUCCUCGUGCCGGAUAUCAGAUGACUUCUGCGCCGCAAGACCAUCGGGAAGCUCAAGUCAAUGCUUCAGGUCAGAACGCUACUCUGCUCUACGGAUGGCCGACGGCGUCACGCAUGGAGCAAUCCAACACAAGCACAAAUUCUGCUGGUACUCCGGUCUUUGACGCUACAGGUGUUCCACCCACAUCCGACAGGAUUACAUCUCCUGCUGGUGGUGCUAACGGCGCAGUCAAUCCGACAGCCUAUCUCAAACUUCACGACACGUCGUACUGGGGAGCGAUGCCAUUGUCCUCUGAAGACCCCUUGUCUUGGGCCAACUUUACCAACUCGUACAUCGAAGCACUCAACGGUAUGACGCAGCCUCUAGCGUCGUCCGCUGUCAAUAUCAUCAACAACAACAGCAGCAACAGCAACAGCAACAGAGAUACCCAACGCAAGUAG